AGUCCCAUUCCAACCCGAGGCGGAGAAGUCGCUCCCAGCAAUGCAGCCUGCAUCAGUUUUUCGGCCAUCAUUUUCUCCCUUCAACCAGCAAAUCACCGUCUCCGCCACUCUCCACAGAAAACAAAACCCAAAUCGUCGUCAUCAUCAUCAUCAUCAUCAACAGCAGUCUCCUCCCAAAUCCAACCUCCAUCAACAAAUGACCGCCAAAGUCGAAGGCCCAUCACCCCUCAGAGGCUCCGACGUCCUCAUCGCCCUCCAGAGAGCAGAUACGCUCAAGAAGAAGAAGAAGAAACAGCAGCAGAGGAAGCUAAAGACUGCGAGGGGGAAAGAGGGAGGUGAAAGUGAGAGUGAAGAAUUUGAUUAUGACAAUGUGAGACCCAUAAUCGUUCGUAGUGAUUGGAAGGAGAGGAUUGAUGAGUUGGAGACCCGAGUUCAAGAAUUGAAGUCCCAGUAUCACUAUUGAGUUUGAGAAAAAUGAUUGUAUGGAAGGUGUUUGAUGAAAUGCUUAUAUGGGUUUCGUCGCUAUUGUUAGUUAAAUUACAUAUCAUCUCAAUUCUCUUCAUGGCUUCUUCUUGAAUAAUUAACAGCUAAAUAGGAGGUGUCCAGCUCCUCUUUCAGUGUUUCAGUUCGAUGGAUGCUCAGGAUUCACGUCAUGUUUUUUGAAGAUAACAUUUUGAUGAAUCAUUGAUUUUGAUUUGUGUGCUUCAUUAUGGUAACUGGAGGUUUCAUUUCCUUUGUGUCGACUCUGCACCAAAGGGAAGAACUAAGAACAUGAUCGGAUGAUUGUUGUUUUGUUCCGGAAGUUUCAA